AUUUUUUUACAAGUCUCUUUCCUUUAUUUCCUGAGUAUUUGUAUUGAUCAGGCUGCUCCCCUCUCAAUAUAUCAAGUUCCACCGGAAUGAAAAGAUGUCUCGAGCUCCGUCCAGGCUUAUGGAACGGUAUGAGAAGCUGAGUAAGAUAGGAGAAGGAUCCUACGGAGUAGUUUACAAAUGUCGAGCUCGAGAUACAGGACAUCUUGUCGCCAUAAAGAAAUUUGUUGAGUAUGAAGACGAUCCAUUGAUUAAGAAGAUUGCAUUGCGAGAAAUCAGAAUGUUGAAGAAUUUAAAACAUCCGAACCUAGUAAAUCUUAUAGAAGUUUUCAGACGAAAGCGGAAACUCCAUCUUGUUUUUGAGUUUUGUGAGUUGACCGUUCUGAACCAGCUAGAGAAGUAUCCGAAGGGGGUUCCCAUGCAGCUCACCAGAACUAUCAUCUGGCAAACACUUCAGGCUGUAAAUUUUUGCCAUUUGCACAACUGUUUACACAGAGAUGUGAAACCAGAGAAUAUUUUGAUAACCAAGGAAGGGGUAGUAAAGCUUUGUGACUUUGGUUUCGCUAGAAUGAUUAGUCCAGGGGAUAAAUACACAGACUAUGUUGCAACCAGAUGGUAUCGUGCCCCAGAAUUAUUGGUCGGGGAUACACAGUAUGGAACUCCUGUUGAUGUGUGGGCCAUAGGAUGUGUAUUUGCUGAGCUGGUGAAGGGAGAAGCUCUUUGGCCAGGAAAAUCUGACGUUGAUCAACUUUAUCUUAUUAGGAAGAACCUAGGAGAUCUUAUUCCUCGACACAUGCAGAUAUUUAAGACAAAUGAGUUUUUCUGUGGUCUGAGCAUCCCUGAUCCUGGGAUUGUGGAACUACUUGAGAACAGGCUACCGAAGGAUCUGGGACAAGACGGAGUGGAUUUUACUCUCAAAUGCUUGGACAAGGAUCCAAGCAAGCGCUGGUCUUGUGAACAAUUGCUAACUCAUUCAUUCUUUAAGAGUUUUACAUUUAAGCUACCAGAAGAAGAAGAGGUUUCCCGUAGAAGCUAUGGAAGUGGGAGUAUGUUACUUCCUCACCUACCAACUAAUGGUUCACACAAUGGAUCUCCGGAUAUAAGCAGGUUAACAGGAUCAAAUCUCAGCCUGGGUUCCAACCGAAAGUUUGACCAUCUGCCAACUAUUUGAACAGUUCUUUUCUUAGACAGAAGAAAAGUUUUAAAGAAUUUAUUUAUUUUUAUUUCUAAUAUUAUAUAAUGAACUCGAAAUUAAAUUAAACGUUGGCUUCAUCAUGAAUGCGUUAAAUCUACUUACACCAAACCUUCAUGCAACAGCUCGACUUUGACUCUGUUUAAAUAUAACUGGUUUUAAAAGCGUUUUCCGCAAUAUAUGAGUCUUUUAUAAAGUCUUUAAAGAUAUUUGGGUUUAUAUAUAUAAAUUUUAUUUAUAUAUAAAUCAAAAUAAAACAUUGAUUUAUAGUUUCCACUCAUUUCGGUUUUUUUCUUCCAUCAAUUGAAGAAGAUUCCACUACUGUGAAGUUUGAAUUUUAUUCUGUUAUCCCCCCAAAAUUCCCACGAUUCCUAAACCACUUUGACAAAGGUAUUUAUAAAUAUCGCGUCCCUACUUAUAAAAAAAUCUUAUGAUAAAACGUUUUGUAAAAAUCUGAAUACAUAAAUGAAUAUUUGUUAAAAAUACAAUAAAACACUACGGACAGACAAUUUUCAAAGGUUAUUUACUUAAUGGAAAAGUCUACAGAAAAAUAGUAAAACACUCUCACCGCACACACCCCAUAAACAAAAAUAGAGUUCACAAUGUAAAUUUGAUCAAUGUUACAUGAGACCAAAAUGGUGGAGGCGAUCUUAAGAUUUGAGUUAAUAAACAAUUCUUAAAAUUUUAUAAAGUAGGUAUUUCAAUUGUUUAAAUCAUUAUCAUUACUGUGUAAAGUUUAAUUAUUAUAUGUAUUGGGAAAAGGCCAGAUUUUGUCAUAGAAAUUUGCUGUUUUUGCCAACUUUAAUCACAAUAUCUGUCAACUUAGAAAAUUUGACAAGAAACUCUGUCUCAUUUUCCCGAAUUAAAUCUUCUUGUGAUACUGUGUAAGAAUGACUUUACUCUCUAAUAAACUUAUAUUUGAUAUAAAACUGUAUUCUCAAUCAUUUUAAAGAAAUGUUUGAUGUAAAGAAAUUAAUUUGCUCAAAAGUAAACCUAGUCCGUAGGAAGUAAAUUAAUAUGUAGUGUAAAUAAAACUCUCUCAAAGGUA